GCUGCGCCGGCCGCACCGCUAGUCGCGACGCGCUCACCGGGCACACCGCUCUCAACUUCCGCUCCUCCGCACGCCAUUUCCGCUUUCCCGGCCCGUUUCCGGUCCACGUGACUCACACCGGCGAGUUUUCCCUUUUUUGUGCGGUCCCCGAGUUUACACCGAUUUUCGCGUUAUUUUCGCAACACCGAAUUUCUGCAUUUUCCGGAUAGAAAUAUAUUUGUUCUUCACAAAUUUUUCCCCCUCUGACUGUUUUUGGCCCCGGACCGCGUGUUUUCAAGUUGGAUAUUUUUCAUCUCUCCAGAAUUUUGGCAAUUUUUAAUUAAUUAAUUAUUAAUAUUAUUUUUUGGAUAGUUUCUGCAUUUUCUGGAUAAAAAUCUACGUAUUAUUCACAAUUUUUCCCCCUCUGACUGUUUUUGGCCCCGGACCAUGUGUUUUUGAAGUUGAAUAUUUUCAAUUUCUGCAGAAUUUGGAUACUUUUUAAUUAAUUAAUUAUUAAUUUAAUUUUUUUGAUAGUUUCUGCAUUUUCUAGAUAGGAAUCUACUUAUUUUUCAUAAUUGUUUACUUGUUCUGACUGUUUUUAACCCCAGACCGUGUAUUUUUAAAUUGGAUAGUUUUGUAAAAUUAUUGUAAAUAUUCGGUCUCACCGAAAUUUUUCAGUUUAUGUGUGUUGAGAAUGUCUUUAAUGCCUAUUUCGAAUAAUUAAGUUGUGAUCCCUACGAAGGAUUUUUCGAAUUCGGUGAUUCAAGUUGAAAUUCGUCGUGCAUAAACUACCGGUUAUUUUUUCAGUGUUCAGUAAGGAUUGUUGAUAUUCAAUUUGAUCGCUGAAAAGGAUAACUACUAAUUGUGCGACCCAGCCGAGCCCUCGCACUCGACCAUGAAACACAAGUAGAAACCUCGAAACCCUCGAAAACCUAACCUCUCGUUCCCUCCGCGCCGCACACCCGCCCGACGAUGUCCCAAACGCCGGAGCCUCCGCCGGAGAAGGUGCCGCUGCGGGCGACGAUGGAGGACAUCGACUUGGGCUCGGACACGGAGACGGACAAGAAGGACGACUCGGAGGUCAAGCUCGAGGCGAAGAUGUCCCUCCUCAACGGGAUCACCGUCAUCGUCGGGAGCAUCAUCGGCUCCGGGAUCUUCGUCUCCCCGUCCGGGGUGCUCAGGACCACCGGCUCCGUCAAUAUGGCGCUUAUAGUUUGGACUAUAUCCGGGGUGUUCUCCAUGGUUGGCGCCUACUGCUACGCGGAGCUGGGGUGCAUGAUCUCCAAGUCGGGGGCCGACUACGCGUACAUCAUGGAGACGUUCGGGCCUUUCCUGGCGUUCAUCCGGCUCUGGAUCGAGUGCAUGAUUGUCCGCCCCUGCUCUCAGGCCAUCGUCGCCCUCACCUUCAGCAUCUACGUCCUCAAGCCCUUCUUCGUCGACUGCGACCCGCCCGACCUAUCCGUCAGGCUCCUCGCCGUCUGCUGCAUAAUGGUGCUGACGUUCAUCAAUUGCUACUCUGUGAAGUGGGCGACCAGGGUCCAGGACUACUUCACGUACGCUAAACUACUCGCCUUGUUCGUCAUCAUCCUUGCGGGAGUCUACCAACUUUUCCAAGGACAAACUCAACACUUCACGUUUGACAACACCACAACGGAAGUUACGUCCAUAGCACUGUCAUUUUACUCUGGACUGUUCGCAUAUAACGGCUGGAACUACCUUAACUUCAUAAUAGAAGAGUUAAAGGAUCCCGUGAGGAACCUACCGAAAGCUAUAGCUAUAUCGUGUUCUUUGGUGACUGUCGUCUAUGUGCUGGCGAAUGUGGCAUUCUACACGACACUCUCACCGCAAGAGGUGCUGAAUUCCGAAGCUGUAGCAGUGACUUUUGCUGACCGACUUUUCGGAGUGAUGGCCUGGACAAUUCCUGUGUUCGUCGCCAUGUCUACUUUCGGAGCAGUCAAUGGAGUACUUUUAACAUCCUCAAGGUUGUUCUACGCUGGGGCAUGUGAAGGACAAAUGCCAGAAAUUUUAACAAUGAUCCAAAUUCACAGACUAACCCCUGCGCCUGCUGUUCUUUGUAUUGCGUUCCUGUCCAUGCUGUACCUUACAGUCUCUGAUAUUUACGCGUUAAUAAAUUACGUUGGAUUUGCUACUUGGUUGUCCAUCGGAGUAGCUGUUCUAUGUCUUCCAGUGCUGAGAUACACACAACCAAAACUACAUCGACCAAUCAAAGUGAACCUCUUCUUCCCCGCGUUGUACAUAAUUUGCAGCGUUUUCGUAACUGUUGUUCCUAUGAUCGCCAGCCCUGUUGAGACAGGUAUCGGGUGUCUGAUGAUUUUGACUAGUGUUCCAGUGUAUCUUGUCUUCAUAGCUUGGAAAAACAAACCAAAGCCAUUGCAAAGAGCUGUCGGAAAGUUUACGCAGACUUUACAAAAGUUAUUAGUUGUUGUGCGACCUGGAAGAAAGUAAAAAUGACACAUGCUCUACAGAAGUCAAUGAUGGUCGUUGGUAAGCAGUCGGCCCCAUCCACACUAUAAAGUUAGGGUAAUCGGCCGAAAUCCUCAGAAUCAUUUUUGAACUCACACCGAACUAGAUAAAAUCGUCCUGGAACUACGAAAACGGACGCAAGACAUUUUCAGACUGCGAUCUUGAUUUGCGAACUUAACUGCACGGAUUUCGAAAUGCUUACUUAAUUAACCAGCCUCUAGUUUUUUAAGAGGCUAUACAUAGUUCUAGGAAUGUUUCUCUGUAUUAAUUUAGUAUCUCAGGUCUCAACGAAACUUUCGUUCAGUGGCACAGUGUAGGUUGAAUACGUUGGGAUGUGCAGUUGAGGUCUUCCUUGCUGCCGUGUUAAGGAAGAACGCCGUAUGAACAUUCGAGGGUUGCCAAAUUUCUCCGCAUAAAAUAUGUACUUUUGAGGAAAGUUAUGCAUAUUUUUCCGUUUCGAAUAUGUAUGCUCAAGUUGCGUACAAAAUCAUCUGAAAAAUUCGAAAAAAAUAUUCAAAAUUUUUCCAGUUAAUUUGGUUUUUAGUGAAGGAAAUUUGGCAACGUUUAAAGGCUCAUACAGCGUUUUUCCUUAACGGCAAUAUGUUCGAUUUUAUUCCCCUUGAUACUUCAUGAUGUAUUUUGUUUUUACGAAGGGUGUCUUGGAUGAAGAAAAUAGUUGGAAUAAGUUAGGCUCACCGGGAGAAACGCGUUUAAAUUCAAAGAAUUCGUGAAAACUUUUGAAAAAAUCAAUUUUAAACUCGAUUAUUGGGAUGAAAAUAUAAGGCUCAGUUUCCCGUGUACUGGGUUCCUCCAAAAAGUGUAUUUUGAGUUGCAUUUUACUCGCGAUGACUGCUAUCGAAUGUUUUUCUAAUAAUUACAAUGGUUUCUUUUAUCCAAGAUACCAUUCAAUUAAUUCCAUAUUCCAUACGCAUUUAGCUUAAGGAAACUGGCAAGGUUUUGCUUCAUGUAAUAAGCUUUAAUGAUUUUGUGCUUUUGCCUGGAGAGAUUGCAAUGUUUUUCAUUCAAUUCGUUAGAAAGAAGAUAAUUCUAAAGGCGCAACAUUCUUGAACCUUGUAGAGGGAAAUUCUCUUCCGAGAUAGUAUGUCCAAAUUGUGUGGGUUCAAACUUUAUUUGACCAAAAAAGUUGUGCGUCCCAUCACUUAAGUGCAGAAGCGUGGCGUGAAUUGCGAUGUAUCGAUUGUUAUGCCAUUUAAACCUAUGGAAAAGGAUCGAUAAACAGGGUGUUCGCGGCGAACACCUUAGUAAUCGAUUCUUUACCAUAGGUUUAAAAUGGCAUAACAAUCGAUACAUCGCAAUUCACGCCACGCGACUGCUUAAGUGUCAUACUCUUCUGCCAGUUACCUUAGAGUACUUUUAUAGGAAGAGUAUGGUCACUGCAGUCACCACCUCUAAUUACCUCAGCCAUUUUAGGCUGAAACCCCAGAAGCAUUUUUCAACGGACACAUUGCGAUGUUUUGAAAUUCAGUUGCGAUUUUUUACAAUUUCUUGGCCAUAAUAAUCGCUAGGCUCAUUAACAUCUGAGCGAUUAUUCUCAAACUUAUCGCAAUUAUAUUUCUAUAAAAGGCGUUUUAUAAAAUCGAAAUUUUUCUCAACUUAGCAAGAUUUUCUGUCCGAUAAUAUUGCGAUAAUAUCUCCGUCGAUGAAAUCGCGACUGUAUCGCAAAUUUUUGGGAUGAAAUGUUUGGGUCCUAAGCCCUCCAUGAGGCUCCACUGUUCAUACUCUCCCUAUAAAAGUACUCUAGUUUCAUAAAUUAUGAUACUUAUAUCAAGUGUAUUCAAAUCGUAUUACUUCGUUUAGGCUUUUAAUUUUUGCUUAUUAAUUUGAAGUCAUUAGUUUUUAGAUUUAAUUUGGAUUCAUGACGUAAGAAAUUCAAUGUAAUUCACCACUGCUCAAAGUUUGCAAAAUUAGAUUUCUAGUGUCGACUUGGAGCUGACUAACACGCACAAUACCGAAGAACAUAUCUCAAAUAAUUAGGAAUGACCGGUAAUUUGUAAGGCACUAGUGAAUAAAUCGUAAAACAUCAAAUAAAGAAAUAAAGAAACAAAGUGAGAGCACUGAUUAUUUAACCUCUUAUGCGGAAUUUUUUUCCUCCGCAAAACAGGGUAGAAACACGCACACAUAGUUCAGCGUGUGGUGAAAUCCGUGGUCUUAGUUCAGUUCAGACCUGCCAGGCAACUAAACUAACUCCGUGACAACGCGUGAAGUAUCGAAAAAAAUGAAGGCGCUCCAAGUCGAGAUUGUUAUUCUGAAGACUUUUACCCAUCGAACCCUCAUUAUACCGAUGUUAUCACGUGAAUUGUCGAAAUAGCAUAAAAGCAACUUGCAAAUUUCCGGCGAUUUCUAUUUGGCUGCGAUAUUUACACGUGGACACAAAAAUUAUAUAUUAAUGCUAAUACUUCAAGAAAGUGAGUGAACGUCAUUGAGUUCUAUGAUUUUCUACAAUUUUUAGUUGUACUUUUAAUAUCAUAUCCAUGACACGUCAACUGCAUAUUUUGCAGAGUCCAAUAUACCGUCAGUGGACCUGUUUUUUGUGUCUGUCAUACCAUCGAAAUUGAAAUGUAUACAGAAUAUACGAUGACUUUACCACAAUAGUGUAUGACACUAUCGUACUUCAUCUCUAGCAACCAGAUUAAAUCUGGAGGCUUGAUCAUUCUGUAACAUUAUAGCGCCAUUAGUUUGGAAUAUGCUUGAGCACAUCUCAUGGCGAUAAGACUAGUUGUUUUAAUAGUUUGAAGUUUUAGCUUCUUUUUGAAGUACCUUACUUUUACAUAACGUAGUUAUUUUUGGAUGUAGGAUAGAAUACGAAGGUAUUACAGCCUCUCUUGAAAUUCUCAGGUUAUUUUCGAAGUUCUUCAUAUCUAAGAAAGGAUAUUUUUAAAGUGUUAGUUCGUCAAAAAUAUGUUUCACAACUCUAUUUAUUCAACUGCCGCAGCUAUAUUUUUCAAACCUUUAUGAUAGAAGUGUCUUCUUAGGUCACAAAUCUUCCAUUUGAUAAAAUAAUUUUCAUUAUGAGGUAUACAUAUUGAAAUACGUCCUGUCCUUGAAACCGAAGCUAUGUUAUACCAAUACGCUGAAAGCGAAAAAAAGUUGCAUUUACUAAAUUAAAAAGUUUAAAUUUUGCUUUCUUAAACCAUUAAGAGACAAUACCCUCGAAAUUUUGUUGAAAGGUAUUUAAAAGACCUAUUUAAGUAUAUUUUAUCUGUAUUUUUGCAGUCUAAAAGCUCAUAUCAAAUUGUUGCCCUUGUGUCAUAACAAGUAAAUUUAUAACAUAAAACCGAUUUUCAUUUUGUUCAACAGAUUUUAUACACAAUUAAUGAUUUUUUGGUGCUUUUAAUUUGUAUUAGGUUCCUUUUUAGCUUAAAGUUUAAAAACAAGACUCUGUGAAAAACAUGUUUUGUUACAAUGAUGACAGAAGCAUUUAUUUUUUUAAAUGUUAUCGUCUAAUGACAAUAAAUUGUUAGUUGUAGAUGUGAACUUUGUGCUUGAAAAACCGAUUCAGAGGUGAAAGCUCUACUUCUCCAAAAUGUAAAACUUUACUGAUACUUAUUUCCGUAUUUUAUUUUUUUCUACAAUUAAGGCCAAUUAUCACUAUAUUGGCUUACGUGCCAAAAAUAAAAGUAGAACGAGGGAAAAGUUACCGUCACACGAUGACUUUUUGUGGGACGAUAAAUAUUUCUGCAAGUGACUUAUUUUUUCUGCUGUGCACUUAAAUGAACAUUCCUGAUCUUAAGCAUGCACUGAUGUAAGUGCACUUAAAAUCAAUGCAGGGUUAGGUAAUUAAAGCCGAUAAUUAAAAAGAAUUCCCUGCUAGAAAAAUAAUAUUCCAUUUAAUGUACACAAUAAUUCUAAAUUAGUGCUGGCUAUGAGUAUCAUAAUGGAUUAUAUUUUGUUUUAGAUAAAUUUAAGUAAACCAUUAAUUUUGUGAAACAACAGUUAUUGUGACCUAUUCCCAACUUCCCUUUCCAAGAAAAAAGAAUCUAGAGAAAAAUAACGUCCGAUGAAACAAAUUGAUUCAGUGGUGAAUCAUGACAAGAAUUUCUAUUUUGACUUCUAGACUGGUUUUUCGAAUGACAAUAAUUUUAUCAGAUUUUUGCUAAAAUAUUAUGGGUACGCGUUCCAUUUUUUUCGCGCACGUGAGAAGACCAUGUGAGAUGUUCGUUCAAUUGCGUUCGUUAUAUUUUCGCGCACGAUUAGGUUACACGAUUAGGGUAUUAACUUGCGAUUUGUUCACAUUCCGUUACUGUGCAUGUCUUAAUUGUAUUUAUUAAUGUUCUGUGUCUGCUCUAAGUAAAGUACUAAUUAUAAUUAUAAUACUGAUCUGAAGGUGAAAUCCAUGAGAUAAAAAACUUUUUCUUUCUUAAA